AAAAGCCUAAAUACAUAACACAUACGACAUUCUUGGCUUUCCAAAACAAUACAAUUUUUCCUUUCACAUUCUCUCCACUUAAGAAAAAAUAUUAUGAUUUUAAAAAAAAUCGCCGCUGUCGAGGAGGCGGCUCCGGUGGCGGUGAUAGUUCGAGAGUAUUGCGAGACGAGAGACAAAGCCGCCGUCGUCGAGCUUGAGCGGCGGUGCGAAAUCGGGCAACCGGGAAAGCCCUCGCUCGUUACCGAUCUUAAGGGCGACCCUAUCGCUCGAGUCCGGAAUUUCGUGUCGCAUACGAUGCUGGUAGCAGAGUACGGACAAGGAAGAGAAAUAGUGGGAGUAAUAAGGGGGUGUAUAAAGACAGUAACAAAUGGGAAAUUAAUUAGCAGCACUCAAUUGCCUGUGCAUGUCAACUUGGCUUAUAUUCUUGGCCUUAGGGUUUCAUCCACACACAGGAGGCUCGGAAUAGCUACAAAACUCGUCGAAGAGUUGGAAAAUUGGUGCAAAAAAAAUGGCGCCGAAUAUGCAUAUAUGGCAACGGAAUGUAGCAACCAUCCGUCGCUAAAUUUGUUCACAAAAAAAUGCAACUAUGUCAAGUUUCGAAAUCCGAUGGUCCUCGUUCAACCUGUACAUCGCCACGCGAAGCCUCUACCAUCGGAUAUAGCCAUAGUUCGCGUGCCCACAUCACAAGCCGAGCAUCUCUACCGUCGCGCAUUCUCCUUCUCGGAAUUUUUCCCUAAAGACAUAAAUCAAUUAUUAACCAAUAAGCUCAACUUAGGCACCUUCAUGGCUUUACCAAAAAAAUUUCUCUCUGAAUGGAACCCUAAUUCUGAAAACUUCGAUUUUCCACAUUCCUUCGCAAUUUUAAGCGUUUGGAACGCGAAAGAAGUUUAUAGACUACGCGUAAAGGGCGUGUCGAGGCUAACACACGCUGUGUGUUUUGGGACGAGGGUCGUUGAUGCGAUGAUCCCGUGGCUCAAGAUCCCUUCGGUCCCGAAUGUUUUUAGGGAUUUCGGGUUUCAUUUUAUGCACGGGCUACAUAUGGAGGGCGAUGACGGGCCUCGGAUGAUGACGACGUUGUGUAAAUUUGUGUACAAUAUGGCUAGGAAGGACGGUGAUUCGAGGGUUGUGGUGGCCGAAGUAGGACAAGCGGAUCCGGUGAGAAGAUCGAUCCCACAUUGGAAGAAGUUCUCGUGGGACGAAGACGUUUGGUGUAUAAAAAAGCUCGGCGACGAGGGCAAUGCCGCGAGUCGGGAGGAUUGGUGCAAGUCGACGACCGCGUCGCCCUCGUCGGUGAUAUUUGUCGACCCUCGCGACCUAUGAUCCAGCCCGAACCUCGACGUCGGUUUUCGAUAUAUUUUUUUUUUCUUGAGUUUUUGGUAUGUAUAUUUGGAAUGUGUAGGUUAAAUGUUAAAGUUGUUAUCUAAUUUCAAAUCUUGGUAGAUAUAUGUUGGUUUAGCCUAUGUUGCUGUCUUUACUCUCUUUAUUCUAAUUUAAAAUUAUUCUCC